AUGGCAGGUUUCGCGACAUUUGGUCCCCAUGCAUUCGCUAGGAUUCCGGAGCAGAGCGACUUGGAAUUUCCCAGAGUCGCGGGAUCGUUGGAUGAGAUUGAUGACAUUGCCAAUGGUGUUAAUGAUCUGGGAAUCAAUGAAGACCUACAAGCGCAAGAAGCAGCAAUGAACGACCCAGCAAUGCUCCAUGCAAUAGCGGAUCAGAUUGCUCAGGAUGAGGAUGAAUAUGAGCAUGAGUAUGAGUAUGGAUAUGACUAUGACUAUAACUAUGAGCAAGAGGUAGAGGCACGACACCUCUCUGACCAAGAAGCAGAGGACCGCGAUUCAGAUGGUCUCGCCGACUCUGCUUCCGAAGAAGAUCAGAUCGACAAAACCUGCCGUGUACUUUCUUUGCAACUCAUUUCCAUGGCAUUACUGCCUCCGUACAUGGGCUCAUGCAAAACUGUAUGCCAGGCUAGGGCAGAUGCAUUGUACCUCGCCAUCAACAGUGUGCCAAACGAGUGGUGUCAUACUGGCGUGCGCGAAAUUUGCCUUGAAUCGGAUGGCAAGUCGGUUGAACCCACUCUUGAAUUAAUGGCUUGCACAGAUUGUCAAGAUAAUACAUGGGAAGAGGUACAGAAAGCCUGGAUGUGUGGGCCACAUGGCUACUCAUGGUCGCCAACAAGGUCUGACUUUGCCCAUUGGCUUGGACUGUCAGGACCAGGAGAGGAGUGGGGUCAAUCAUCAGGAGGUGCGACGUCGCUUGUGUUCGCCGCAAUGUCACGUCUGAGUGAUCUGUUUGAAACAGUCUAUAAGAGAUGCGGUCCAGCACACUGGUUGCAAAGUGUUUCGAACAUCAAACAAUGCAGUUGUAGGGCCAAGUUGGUUAUGGUCACCUACACUGAUUCUCGGAACAGAGUCUCGAAUCGGACAUCCAGUAACCUUUGUGAUGUCAAGGAUAUCAAAGAACGCUUUGCCAUACAAGGAUGGGUGCCAGAGGAGUCAAGAGUAUUGCAAGAGAAUGUGUAUUGCACCGACCCUCGCCAGGUUUGCGACUGUUCUUUCCUUCAGCAAGUCGGCUCUGAGCCAGAUGCUCCCUUACAAUUUUGUAAGCCAAGGCCAGACGAUGGCGCAAGCACUAGUUCCUCUUGGUUCGAUCCAUCUGCUAUGUCGUAUCGGUCACCAGAGGCCUUUCAUUGA